AAACUAGCUCUAGACUGUGGCAUAGCAGUAUCCUAGGAUAUACCACAUCAAUACCACAUACAACCACAAUGGCAAACCCUCGAAGCGUCCUGUUCUUUUCUCAAGUCCUAAUAACCCUGGUGGUGGUCCUCCUUGGAAUUCUUGAUGCAGCUCCCCUACAGACACAACCGGAGUGCAAAGGUUACAUUCAACAUGGCGGCAAUGUCACCUACAUCCUCCCGGAUAAUUUUCCGGACCUAAUGGCCAACUGUGAGGAGGCUGAAAUCCUAAUUGGGGAAAAGGUGUCUGCAAUAUUCGAGAAUGGGAAGGUUCCAAUCGAAUUGAUUCCUCCUGUGGUUGCAGUCACAGCUCACAACUUCACCUUAAGUUCCAACCAAAGUUCCUACCCUCAGCCCGUGGAUAUUGGCCUGUAUUGUCUCCAGUCUCACACGCGCAUAAGUUGCUUCUGUGAUGCUUGCAUCAACUCGGUGAAGAAUGACAGCACCAUAUCAGAGCCUCCUAUUGAUGAGCAAAGUGUAUCUGGGACCCCAGACAACAGCAGCACCCAUUACCGAGUAGGUGCCAUCUGUGCUGGUGUUGGCAUGAUGAUCAUCACCCUCGUUGGUGCUUUUGCUUGGAUUGUCUUGCGGUGGCGUAAUUCCAUCGAGAAGAAGACAGAGGAUGUGGAGUAUCCUCUGAGGGACUCCAGUGCGGAGACGUCAGCAUCGAGCUCCACCGAGCAUCUUCCAGGGUCUCAGGGUCUCAUUGAGACAGCUCCCAUCAUGGAUCACAACAACCAGGAAGGAAUCUGAGACAAGGAACUGCCGGAAUAUCCUACGCCCAUGAAGUGCCUACUAUGCAUGCUACUGAUUUAAGACAUCUGAGCCAGACUGAUUCGGUUAUGGGAUUUUGUGCAGGGCUGCUGGAAGUAUCAGUGGGUGGGGGGGUGGGGGGUAAUCAACAAAAUCCCUUGUAUAGUUACAAAUUGAAAAUAAGGUGCUAUCUGGGUCAGUUGAUUUAACAGGCACAUACCAACAUAAACUGAUGUAUCUCGCUGCCCUUGCAUCAGAACGGAAGUGAUAUCAGUGCCUUCCACAUCUCUUUCCUUUCCCUUCUUGGUCCUCUCCCAUUCGUUAGCUCUCCCACCUUGAAUAUCACAGAAGCUCUUCUACAGCUUCGGCAGAGGGUGUGGAGGGAUACAGAACGUGAACGCUAGAAUAUGAACUUCCUUGAACGCACCACUGAAGCCUUGACAACAAGCCCAACUUGUUAUUGUCAUGUUGCUGUACAUUAUUUAUUUAGUCCGUUUUCUAUAUUUGUGUUUUUGAUAAACUAUUUAUGAUAAAGUAUUUUUGUACUU